AUGCAAAAUCAAACUGAAAUUGUUGAUACAACAGGAAUUCUACCCAGUGCACCUUGGCAACCACCACCCCAGUCAUCAAUCACUUCUCAAUGGCACGAGUUAAACUUGACACAUAAUUCACGAAAUCAUCGCAAAACUGGUCGUCAACAUACUGUAGCCGCUAAACAAGGAAAAUUUUCUCGAUAUGAUGCAAAUAGAAACAUGGUGUCUCGGAACACGCAGAGUGAUUAUUAUGGUGAUGAAUAUUAUUCUACAACACUUUCUGUUUAG